GAGCGGAGCUCCUUCAGUAAGAGCCGCAGGAGCAUGGCCGGGGCGGAAAGCGGCCGUCCCCCUGCCCCGGGACUUGCAUGGACUUAAUGGCACCUAGAUCCAAAACUGUGAAGCAGAUGCCCAUCCAGGUACCAACUGCCCAACCCAAUAGCAUAUCAAUUGGUGAAGGUGUCAAACCAUUUACUCCUGAGAAAGCCCAGGAAAUUGUGAUGUCUCUACAGCAACCUGCAGUCUUCUGUAACAUGGUUGGUGACUGGCCAGCCCUGCACUGGAAUGUGAAAUACCUUUCUGCGAUGUUGGAUGGAAAACCAAUCCAGUUUAGGCUAGGACUGAAGACGGUGGAUUUAGUUCCCCAGUUUGAAACCAGCUGUAGCUACGUGGAGGCUACACUUGAAGAGUUUUUGGCUUGGAGUUGUGGGCAGCCUUCUUGUCUCUCUGGACCAUUCAGUUGUUACGAUUCCUCCAAAUACUGGGCUUACGCUGACUACAAAUACAUUGCCAGGAUAUUUGAAGACAAGCCAGAAAUCUUCCAGGAUAUAAGGUGGUCUGACUUUGGUUUUCCUGGAAGAAGUGGAAAAGAAAGCACGCUUUGGAUUGGUUCUGAAGGAGCAAACACCCCCUGCCAUUUGGACUCCUAUGGCUGCAACUUAGUGUUGCAAGUAGAAGGAAGGAAGAGAUGGCACCUCUUCCCACCUGGUGACACCAGUUUCCUUUAUCCUACCAGGAUCCCUUAUGAGGAAUCCAGCGUAUUCAGCAAAGUGAAUGUUGCCAACCCUGAUCUGAAACGCUUUCCCAAGUUUAGGAACUCGACAGCCCAUGUUGUUACACUCAGUCCAGGACAGGUCCUGCUCGUUCCAAGGCACUGGUGGCACUAUGUGGAAUCCAUUGAUCCUAUCACUGUCAGCAUAAACUCUUGGAUUGAACUGGAUGCAGAUCAUGAAGCCCGUGUAGAAGAGGCAAUAACUCGAAUGCUGGUAUGUGCCAUAAAAUCAGCAGAAAAUCCCAGUGAUGGAGAUCUCUGGCUAAAUCCUACAGAGGUUGAGGCAACAUCCCAUGAAAUGAAUCUUCAGUACCUGAAUCAAGCUGUGUCUGCGUAUUUCAAGUGUCAGAAGACAAGUGUGUCAGAGCGGGUACAUUCCAGCAGCACUGGUGCAGGGCAGAGGACAGGUGCCUCAUGCAAGAGGAAGAGGAGGGAAGUUGGCUGUGAGCCAGAUGGCUGCAGAUUACUAACCCAUGGAUUUGACUUUUCAACAUCUAAAGCAGAAGAGCUGCAGAAAAUACCUUUUGGGCCUCAUCUGAUUCAAGUUUUACCACAGUCUCAAGAAACGGGCUCGAUGGGUGCAGUUGCAGUUGAAAGCGACGGUAGAGAUCUUCCCUGUGAAAAUGAAGGAGAACAUAUUCGAAAAUUACACCGCAGGAGGAAGGACUUGGUAAUGAGUAAUGACUGUGAGAUGCCUGCAGAUCAAAUGGAUUCAGACAGCAGUCCUUGCACCUCACAAACAGCCCUUUCUACCAAUGAUUUGCUGGACUGUUUGGUUAAUCCGCAUGUCAUCAAUUUAGUGGCUCGGCUGCUGUUGGAGAGAACAGGGGUUUAACGCUGGAGUGUUUUAUCAUUUCUGAAACAAAGAAAUCAAACAGCAGCCUCGUUCUGGUGUUAAAGCUCUGUAAUAAUUGAAUGUUUCGUUUCAAAUAAUUCUUAGGUACAGAUAGACGCAGUUAAUGGCUAAAUGGCAGGUUGAAGUUAUGCUGAAAGAAGAAUAACUGGUUAGUGAUGGCUGGGAAGAGAAAGGUGUGUUUAGUCAGAGAACUGCUCAGUGUUAUGAGCAAAACAGAGCGUACACAGUUACACUCCCACCAUGCUGUGCUGAGGGGAUCUUUACAGUGUUCUGCAGCUCUGAGCUGUGGAAAACAUGUGAUUUGAAGACAGACAAAAGGAGGGAGCGCUGGGACAUUGCUACAUAGCAGAGGGGGACCAAGAGUGGGAGCAAAUAGACUGACUGCCUGUAGACUGCAGUCCUUGACCACAUUUAAAGUAAAAUGGUCAGUAAGUGAUCGGUUGAUCGCAUCAGAAAUAAUAAAUUCAAAUAAACCUAAACCUCAGCCAAGAGGCAAUGCACUCACUAAUGCAUCUACUUCCUCCCUUCCACAAAAUAACCUCAGUUUUGUCACAGACCUCUAGGUUGGAGUGAGACAGAAGCUCUUAACAAGAAAGAGGCCUUCAGCUAGUUCAGAAACUCUUGAGGCUGGGAGACAAAAGGCCAUUGGGAAGUUACUGUUGUUAUUUAUUUAAAGCCAGAUGUGCACUGUUCCCCGUCUCUAAGGAACAAAGUAAAGCAGCUAUGACUUUCUGUCUCUGUCCUACUCUUUAGUGUAACAAUAAAAAUGUAGUAAUUUUUUUUC